UGCUUAAUAUGCUCAACCAAAAUGAAGAUUCCUAUCGACAAAUCAUUAAUUUGGAAGAAAUAGUGGGAGCAUUAAGUAUUCUAAUCCGGUUGGGCUCCUCCUCCCGGCCAUGCCCUCUAAUUAACGGGGCUCCUUCCUCGCUAAAGCUUGCAUUGGACUGCAACAUAGUCAAAGAGCAAGAGAGAGACAGACAGAGAGAGGAGGUGGAGAGAGAGAGGGUGAGAGAGAAAGUGCCACUGGAUAUAAUUGAUUGUCUCGCUAUCAACAAUAACUUGUUAGUAUAGUCAAUUGCAGCUGCUUUCCAGGCUCAGUGCGCGCACUGAGGUAUCAGAGGCUGUGGGAUUGUUUGUGGCAGAUCUGGACCGCCAUCCAGGAGCCUUAUCCGGGAGAAGUGAAGGCACUUUAAAGGACCUCAAGUUCUCCAAGCCUGCGGCAAAACGAGCCUGAAGACAGCGGGCAUGUAAUUCCACACACACGCCGAGCGCAUCGUCUCACUCGCUUCCCUCCAAACCCAGCGCGUCUGUACGAGCGGAGCCGUUGAGCUUUCUGCUCAUUCCUCCUGUUUUUGAGACACGCGAGUGUUUUCGAAACGAGCUGAGGGCGAACUGAAGAAAAUGAGCUCCAAAGAAGACGCGAAAGGCGCCUCAGUGGAGGACAGGAGGCGCAGUCCUCUGGACCACCUCCCUCCUCCAGCCAACUCCAACAAGCCCCUGACGCCCUUCAGCAUCGAGGACAUCCUCAACAAGCCCUCGGUCAAGCGCUCCUACUCGCUGCUGCCCGCCGCGGAGAAGGCCACUCCGGCCGGACACCCGCUCGCCUCCCGCGCGCUGCUCACACACACUUCUCCUCUGUGCGCGCUGGAGGAGCUCGCCAGCAAAACCUUCAAAGGGCUGGAGGUCAGCGUGCUGCAGGCCGCCGAAGGCAGGGACGGUAUGACUCUGUUCGGUCAGAGGAACACUCCUAAGAAGCGGAGAAAGUCUAGAACUGCCUUCACCAACCAUCAGAUCUACGAGCUGGAGAAGCGCUUCCUCUAUCAGAAGUAUUUGUCCCCCGCUGACCGGGACCAGAUCGCUCAGCAGCUCGGCCUGACCAACGCGCAGGUCAUCACCUGGUUUCAGAACCGGCGCGCGAAGCUCAAGCGCGAUCUGGAGGAGAUGAAGGCGGACGUGGAGUCGGCCAAAGCCCUAGGCUCCGUGUCCUUUGAAAAAAUGGCCAAACUGGCUGAUCUGGAGAAGUGCGCGAACGGCAUCUCCGGCGGCGGCGGAGCGGCGGCGCGCGAUUCUUCCACGCAGCCCGGGCACGAGCGUGAGGGUGCGAGCCGCGCGCCAGCGUCACCGGCCUCCCCGUUCACAGACCGCACAACCAGUAAAGAGUGCUCGGAGGACGAGGACGAGGAGAUCGACGUGGAUGACUGAUGGAGCUGCACGCGCUCUCUGAACUGCUCCUCCUUCAAAAGCCCUGCAGAGCUUAAAGUGCCAUUAAUGCACCAAAUGUAUUUAAAUGACUUAUGACAAAGAAGAAGAAGAAAAACAGAAACAGAGAAAAACUCAAAACAAGCAUGGACAGUUUCCUCAGAUCUAUUUAUGCAGUGACACCGAUCUAAAUAUCACAACCAUUUAGCCUAUUUAUUUUAGACAAACCGGUAGUGGAAGGAAAGCAAUAAGUACCCUGAUAUAUUCUCUCUCUCUCUCUCUCUCUCUCUCUCUCUCUCUCUCACGCACACACACGCUCUACAAAGACGAAUGCACAUCUAGGCCAUAUAGAACCCUUACCGUGUUUUGAGUAAUUUAUUAUGCAUGUUCUAUUUUAUUUUACGGUUUUGUUUUUGUUAAAGUGACUGACUGCAGCUCUCUCAUAUGAAUAUCUCCAAAAUGUUCACACACGGCAAAGUCCACACGUGUGUGUAUGUGUGUGUGGCCGUGUAAUGCGUGUAGGACUGCACACUCAACGUUUGAUACGUUUUGUUACAAAACAUUUCAUACUGACGUUACUGCGUGAAAACGAAAAAAGGUUGAAUCUAGACGGUCACGUUUUGAAUAUAUUUCUUAUGGUUUGUAUGCCUGUAAGUGCCUUUUAAACCAAGACACCAUUUAAACCCAGUGUACAAAGUGUAAUGUAUUUAAA